GUGGCGCGCGUCUUGGCGCCACUUUCAAAGCCGAACGCGGGAACUUGACGCCCGGCUCUGUUACAAAGUUUAACGAAACGCAACUGAAGACAGACAUCAUCGUAAUGUUCGCCAAUUGUUGGCGUCCUCACGAAACAUGCCGUUCGCAAAGGGCAUCGUAGCUAGCUUUGGCUUCGUCCGUCAACUUUCAAUCGGAGGCCUAGCACGACUCCGCGGAGUUUGUUGAAGCCUCGGCGUUGCUUGGAUCGCCUACCCCGGGAAAGGAUUGUUCGGGCCCCCGGGAACUCCGCUCGAGGAAUCUAUCGGGAUGCUCUAAAAUUAAAAAGGUCUUGUCGCCCCAAGGGAGAUGAGAAAAAAAUAUAAGUCCCACGAUGGAUACCGAUCCUUCUGAAGAGCUCUGCCUGAUUGAUAAACGGAUAACAAGCCUUCGCGACGUGCCGUUGCACUCUCGGCUGCGCUCUCUCAACCUUCACUGCAACCAGAUCGCACGGCUGGAGGGCCUGGCGCGGCUCCCUCAGCUUGCGCACCUGGACCUGUCAUCGAAUCGCCUCGAGAGAAUCGAGGGGCUGGCCUCACUGCCGUGCCUACGAACCCUGAACCUUUCCUGCAAUCACCUUACUUCUGUCCAGGGAUUGCAGGGCUUGGUCUGCAUGCACUGGCUCAAUGUCUCCUACAACCGCAUCACCGACCUCAUGGGCCUGCGGGACCUGCACGGGCCAGACUACCAGCUGAGCCACCUGGAGGCACACGGCAAUCGGCUGGCCGACGUGGAUGCGCUGGUGGCGGCGCUGGGAGGCCUGCACUGCCUCUCCACGCUGGUGCUGCGCAAGGACGGGCAGGCCAACCCGGUGUGUCGCGUCACGGGCUACAGGGAGCGUGUGUUUGAGGCUGUCCUUUCGCUGCAAAGUCUGGACGGCCGCGACACCCUGGGCACUGAGCUGAGCAGCUCUCGGGAGGGACCGAGGCUGGCGGAGCUCCGGGAUUUGGAGGACUUCCUGGACGUCCUUGACCAUUGUGACGACGACCGCAUCGUCGAGCGGGGUGAUUCGCUGAGCACGGAGGGGCCAACGGCACCGUGCUACCGACGGCACCGUGCCACCGGGCAGGGAGACGCGGCGAACGGGAGUGAGGCAGAACCAGGGACAGGCGGGGGAGCGAGCGAGCGGCGAAUCGAGAAGUUGGAAGAGCAGAUCUCGACCCUGCUAAGGCAGGUUCCGAAUGAUGCCGCGGCUUCCUCGUCCCCUGCGCGACCGCGAGCCAAGAGGGACGUGGACGACACGUCGGAGAGCGAGCGCGACGGCUCGGCGGGACCGUGCUCCGGCCCCGCGCGAAGAGGCCGCGUGCCGAGCCGCAGGAGACCGACGGAGACGCCGCGCCAGCGCACCGCCACGGCCACGGCCACGGCCGGCGGUGGUGGCGGUGCGCAAAAACUAGCAAAGUCUCGCAGGCAGAAGGGCAGUAGCCCUGGCUCGGACGCGAGCGUCACGGCGGCGACGAGCGACUCUGCCGCAGCCGCCGGCGUCGAUCGUCGUGCGAACCGCGGCCGCCCGUCAAUCCAUCUCGAUCCGGCGUCCACCGAGGAGUCCACCUACAGGGCGCUCGUGCGGGAGCUGGACCUGGAGAGGGAACGGCGCUGGAAGGCGGAACAGGCGACCCGCGAGCUGGCGGAACGCCUGCGAGGUCUGCAAGCGCAGGCCGGGCAGGAGCGGGAGCUGCAUGGAACGGCGCUACACGUCACCAACAGACUCCAGCAGGGCUUGCUGAAGGAGCGCGAGGAGAAGGAGAAACUGCGAGCCUCGCUGGCGGAGCUGCAGAGAAGAGCGGAGAGCUCGGCGCAGGAGGCGGCCGCUGCCCGGCAGGCUGACCAGCGUCAACAGAAGCGGCUCCGCUCGCUCGAGCAGAACCUGGAGGGGCUGCAGGCCCAGAGGCUUCAGCAGCAGACGGCCGAGCUGAAGAAGACGCAGGCGGCGGAGAUGCGGGCGCUGGCGGUGCAGAGGGAGGCGGAGCUGCUGCGCGCGUCGCAGCGCCAGCAGCAGGACAAGGUGCAGCAGCUGCAGGAGCUUCUGGCGGCGCGCGAGCAAGACCACCGAAAAGCGAUAGAGAGCCGCGUGCCACUCGACGGUCCGGAGUUCAAGCAGGCGUUGGACCGCGAGCGGGCCCGUGUGGAGGAGCGGCACGCGGAGACGCUGCGUGUCCACCAGGACAAAGUGGAGGCCCUCACGCUGCAGUACGCCCAUCUGGAGGAUGAGUUUCGGGCAGCCUUGUCAAUCGAGGCUACGCGCUAUCAGGAGGUGAGGCUGGCGUUCGAUCGCGCGGCCGAGGAGCUGGCGCAGCAGACGGCGGAGCUGGCGGCGACGCGCGACAAGGAGCGGCGUUCCGCCACGCUCGUGCGGGAGCUCACGGUCAUGGUCAAGGAGCAGAAGGGGCGGCUGUCGGAGCUCGCCAGGGCAAGGCAGGAGGCGGGUGCGCUCAUCAAGCGGCAGGCGCAGGCGCUGGACGGGGCGGCGGAGGAGGACAAGCGGAGGACGGUGCAGCUGGAGUUGCUACGCAAGGAGAAGUCGCACCUCGUGUCACAACUCAAGGCGCUGGAGUCUGUGGCGGACGGACUGCGGAGCGAGCGGCACGCCUGGGGUCAUGAGCUGGCGCAGCAAGGAGCGGCGCUCUCCCAGGACCGCGGGCGGAUGGAGGCGAGGAUUGAGUCGCUCCAGGCCGAGGCGGAUUCUCUGCGCAAGCAAGCGGAGCGCGACGCGGACGCCCUCAAGAUUAAGACCAAGAUCCUGGACGACCAGACGGAGACGAUCCGCAAGCUCAAGGAGGGCCUGCAAGAGCGGGACGAGACGGUGCGGCGCGCGCGGGACGAGAGUCUGGCCGCCCGGCGGGAGAUGGAGUCGCGUCUGGCGGAGCAGACGGCCGCCGGCCGGGAGCUGCAGGAGCGCGCCGAGCGCCUGGACGACCGCAAGGAGCAGCUGGAGCUGGAGCUGGAGGAGGCGCGCGACCGGCUGGGACGGGCCACGCUUGAGCAUGAGGCGAGCAACCGCAAGUGGAGCGAGAAGGCUCAGCUGCUGUCGCGGCUCGAGGGCCAGGUGCGGCAGAUGAAGGAGGGCUUCGACGCCAAGGAGGCUCGGCUCCAGCAGGAGAGGGACCAGGCGAUCAAAGCGCACAAGGCGGCCCUCGACAAGCUCCGAGAGGCCGAUGACGCCUUCCGGCGGCAGCUGGAGAGCGCCCACGCCGCACUCCAGGCCGAGCUGGCGCGUGUGUCCACAGACGGACAGCGCCAGGUGGAGGCCGCCAAUCUCUCGGUCCAGAGGGUGGAGGAGGAGAUGCGCGCUUUGCUACGCGAGACAGCCAGCGGCAAGAAGUCCACCGAGGAGAAGAUACGGCGUCUCACGGCCGCCUUGACGGAACUGCAGCAAGAGCUGUGACUGCUGUCGCAAGCGCACGCACGCUCACGCGUGCCGCCAAAUCCCAUCACCCCCCGAGACUUGGAGCUUGGUCAGAGCGAUAGGACCAUCGUGAAUCACACCUCAGGCUUGUCAUCGGGUCCAACACCGAUUGGCAUUCUGGCCACAAUGUUUACCAUUGGGACUCUGAAUGGAGGGGGAUGAUGUGGAAAAAUUGUCUUUCACUGGGUGCGUAAACUAUUCAGUGUCUCUUACUUAUUCGGCGAUUUGUCGAGAUUCUGGAUCGCUCUUCGAUUCAAGAAACAAAGAAAGAAAAACAUGGUCCGUCUCUGUUGUUUCUCCAUUUUGUCUUGUUUGAGCAGCCGUAUUUUGCUCCGUUAGCUCAAAUGUGACAUUUGCAUAUCUUUUACAUGAAUUGUCAUCAAUCAGUUCUUACAUGCGCGAUUCACUUGCUGUGUUGUGAGCGGAAGGAAUAUUUUUAAAAGAUUUCCUCAUUGAAAUGCCUCGUCAUUAGAGUUUGAUAACGUUGCAGAUGUUGUGUGUGUGUAGAUGUGUGGGGAAGUGUAAUGGUUUGUGUGCUGGCACUACGUUUAUUGGUGACUUUGAUUCGUGGCCAAACUCAUCGGUGACAUCCAAAACGUCUUCUAGGUCAACUUAACAUGAAAUGGGGACAUCUAAAGUGUGCUUAGGUAAACAUCAGCUCUGGGCAAACGUAGGUGGCCGGGUUUGUUUCUGGCAACACCAUCCCCUUGUGGACACUUAACAGCGCUUAAUCCAAUGGCCCGUGAUGUCCAAAUGGGGGCAGCCCUCUUUGUCACGUCGUGGUUAUCGCGUCGCGUUGUGUGUAGAGUUCAAGUCUCGGCCAUGGUGAUCAAAAUGAGUGGCAAAUGGUUGUUUGAAUCUGGUUUGUCCUUCGUUAGUUCGAAUUUGGCCUUAAAUUUAAUACGGAACGAGGCUUGUGCUGGCGUCAGUACCGAGGAAAAAUGUGAAUGGGCAUGAUUUUUUUGCGGUCCACCCAGUCUCUCAAAGGCUUAACAUUACACUCACGAACGGAAUUUCCCUCCCACGCUCUCUAGUACCUAACGGGGGAUUUCUGUGUCUGUGUACACAUGAAUACAUACACACUCUGGGGAGCGGAAAAGCAAAGCGGUUGGCUCGCUGCGUUAAGAACCCGUUUGACGAAUCAAAGUCACCAAACAACGUAGUGCCAGCGCACAAACCAUUACGAUUCCCCACACAUCUACACACACACACAUCUGCACACACACACAUCUACACACACACACAUCUACACACACACACAUCUACACACACACACACACAUCUACACACACACACAUCUACACACACAUCUGCACACACACACAUCUGCACACACACAUCUACACACACACAUCUGCACACACACAUCUGCAACACCAAUGACGAUUAUCUGAACCAGUACUGGGCCUCCACUCGGUCGAUUCGGUUUCAAGCACAAACAUCGCCCACUGGGGAUACAAAGGCGGUCGGGAGUGAUGUCCCCCCCUUCACCCUCGUGUGCCAUGCUGGCCUUCAUAGGUGCUCGCUAACAGAACUUCCCCCAAAAUUAUGCUAGAGUUUAUGCGUGGGAUAUUUGUAUACACAUAUGCGUGUGUUUUUUUGACUGCAUUAAAUUAUUUUUUGAGUUUUUACACUGUGAUCUGUACAAUUAUUAGGAGUCGUUGCUCAAGUUAUUCAGGACGGGGGGCGGAGGGAGACUUUUUCUCCUGCUCGGCAUUUUUUUUCUUUCAAAGUGAUGGAACUGUUAAUCUUCCAACCGCUGACUGUAACAAUUUUAUUGUCGAACAAGCGACCCGCGGCCGACCGCCAGUGCCGCCCGCCAACGCACCCACCAAAAAAACCAAAAAGUUUAAUUAUAAGACCCGUGGGUUUUUUGCUUUUAUUAUUUUCUAUUUUUUAUUUAAUUUUACUAUUUGUAUCAUGUUUUUUUGCUUUUUAUUUUCAAUGUAUUUUUUUUUCUAUCUACGUGACUUUACCCAAAGAACCAAGAAUAUGUAUAAGACACAUUUAUACGUUGUUGCCAGCUCGCGUUAAUCCAUCCGGCUGAGCAGAGCCGUACAGACACAUCGGUGCGCUUCGGCACCCAGCUGAAAGUAACGCCCCC